AUGGCUUCCUCAUGGAUUAUCCCCGGCAUUGUCUUUGUCUUCACCACUUUGUAUUAUUGGUUUCGAAGGAUAAAUGUCGCCGGUCGCGCUCGACUACCACCAGGUCCCAAAGGCCUCCCUCUUGUUGGGAACCUGAAUGAUUUGCCAAAGCAGGGUGUGCUGGAAGCUCACCAUUGGCUCAAGCAUAAAAAGCAAUAUGGCCCGAUUAGCUCAGUAACUGUGAUGGGUCAAACCAUCGUCAUCAUUAACGAUUCGCGACUUGCAUUUGAGGUCAUGGAGAAACGGUCGGCCAUCCAUUCAUCCAGACCUAAGCAACUCUUCGCUGGGGAAAUGGUGGGCUGGGAGAGCACACUUGGCUUCUCCCCGUAUAAUAAUCGGUUCCGGACUUACCGCAGGAAUUUCGCCCGAAUUAUUGGCUCCAAGCCGUUAGCUGCACAAUUCAACGACUUGCAAGAGGCGGAAGUCGGCCACUUCUUACUGCAUGUACUUGACAAGCCAGAGGAGUUGGUUGAUCAUAUAAAAAGGUCCCCCCCAACUUUCUCGCCUGUGGAGGCGGGUGCAAUCAUCUUGAAGAUUUCCUAUGACUAUACGGCCGAAUCGCAUAAGAGGGACCCCCUCAUCGAUAAUAUUGGUGAUGCCAUGGACAAGUUCACUCAGGCUGCAGUACCGGGCGCCUUCAUGGUUGACCUGAUUCCUUUCUUGAGACAUCUCCCAGACUGGGUGCCAGGUACUGGUUGGAAGAAGACAGCGCGUGAAUGGAAAGCGCAACUCAUGGACGUGACGGAUAGGCCAUAUGCGUUUGUCAAACACAGGAUGGCUCAAGGGAAGACCGAGCCGUCCUUUCUUUCAAAGCUGCUGGAGAAGAGCGACUCAGACCCGGAAGAGAAAUUUACCAACAAGUUUUCGGCUUUUUCCUUAUACGGGGCAGGCGCAGACACAACGGUGUCUGGACUGGCGUUCUUCUUCUUAGCGAUGGCUCUCUUCCCCGACGCCCAAAGGAAGGCUCAAGCCGAGAUCGAUCGGGUCAUCGGACCAGACAGACUCCCUACCGCCGAAGAUCGAGAGAACCUACCAUAUAUCGCUGCCACUGUGAAAGAGGUCCUACGCUGGAAUCCCGUUGCGCCAAUGGGUCUUCCGCAUGGGACCACAGAGGACGACCUCUGCGAGGGCUACCUCAUUCCUAAAGGGGCUAUGGUUUUUGCAAACGUUUGGCGAGUAAAACCGCUUUUCCUUCAAAGGCAUUUUACGCAUGAUCCCAAUGUCUAUCAUGACCCUAUGACUUUUAAACCCGAACGAUUCCUGCCGGUUGAUGGCCAUAUGCCCGAGCCCGACCCGGCUAUGUAUGCAUUCGGAUUUGGACGACGGAUUUGCCCAGGCCGGAUUCUCGCCGACAAUACCCUGUAUCUCAGCAUUGCGCAGUCUCUGGCUGUGUUUAGCAUCACCAAACCGGUUGAGAACGGGAAAGAAAUUGAACCCGUCGUUAAACCUUUGCCUGGUGUGAUCAGCCAUCCGGCGCCUUUCCAGUGCACGAUCAAGCCACGAUCAAACCACCACGAGUCUUUGAUUCGUUCCAUCGAGAAGACUCAUCCAUGGCAGGAAAGCGAUGGUCCUGUUCUGGAGAGUAUGUGCUAUUAG